AUGGCAAGUAAUAAUGAUAAGUAUAAAGAACUUUCUGAAACAGCGUGCCGUGAAAUUGAAAAGGAUAGACAGAAUUCUGCUUUGGCUCGCUAUGAACGUGGCAUGCGAAAUAACUUCUUCUCUAAUACACAUAAAAAGAAUUUUGGGAUUGAUGCUGCAUUUUGUAUUUUCACGGAUAAAAGUCGUACAUUAUGCCCGGAUCAAUUUUCAAUUUUCCCGGAAUACUUCAAUAGGAUCAGAAUUCCCGAAAAUACUCGCCUCAAAGGCUUUUACACAUAUGAAGAUUUUGAUGACAUUGAUAAGAUCGAUGUCUUUAAAGUAGGGAAGGGAUCAGGUCUUUCUUGCGGAAAAUUGAUUCCUGAUAGGUGUGCUGUUUCCUUUGAUAUUACAAACAAAAGUAUCAAUUUCGCAAAAAAACAAGAUCCAGGCGAAAUCUCACAAGCUCCAUCAAGUACCGAUUUGUCAGACAAAGUUUUCAUUGGAUACAUGAAGUCACCGAUUUUCGAAAAUCGUCAAAAAUGUUACCCUACUGUGUGGUUUGACCGGCAAUUAAUUAUUAAAUUCGAAUUUGGAGGAUUUGAAUGUGGAGACUCGGGUUCAAGCAUUGUGGACGAAAGAGGAAAAGCUCUUGGCAUCCUUCAUGCAGUAUGGCUGACCAGCCCCGAUAAAUACGCUAUUGCUUCUCCUUACUUUGCAGUUUUUGAGGCAUUGGAUAUCGAAGAAUGUAAACUCGACUGA